GCAGUGAGGCAAGAGCUUCACCUACCGUACCCUCUUCUCUCUUUCCCCUUUUUAGCUUUCUUCUUCUCUCCCUAUUCUCCUUCACUUCUUCCAUCACUUAUUUCUUCUUCUCCUUCCCUUGUGCCGCUAAGCUCCUCAACCACUACUCUUCAAGGUAGCAUGGGGUCAAAUUUCUUGGAUGAAUUAGACUGCGGUAGCUUCUUUGAUCACAUUGACGACUUGAUUGAAUUCCCACCGGAAAAUGAGUGUGUCGGUGUCGGUUCCGGCGACUGCAACAAUUUUCCCAGCAUUUGGAACGACCCCUUGCCGGAUUCCGAGCCCCUUUUCUCCGGCAGCCACAACAACUCCGCUUCUGACCUGUCGGCUGAGCUCUCAGUUCCGUAUGAGGACAUUAUCCAGCUCGAAUGGCUUUCGACGUUUGUGGAGGAUUCCUUCUCGGGUGGAGGGCUGACUCUCGGGAAAGAGAACGCUCCUGUGAACAUGGAGCCGCCUCACAACAAGUUCCAGACCUCGAGUCCAGUCUCGGUUCUUGAAAGUAGCAGCAGCAGCAGCAGCUCGUCCUCGUGCUCGGGAGGGAAGACUAUCCCUCUUAGCCCGAGCCGUUGUGGUGCGCAGCGUGCUAGGAGCAAGCGUCCUCGCCCAGCAACGUUCAAUCCCCGGCCAGCGAUUCAGCUCAUUUCUCCCACGUCGUCUUUCACCGAGGCUCCACAGCCCUUUGUUGUUGCUCCUGCAGUUUCAUCAGAGUCCGAGAAUUUUGCAGAGUCCCCCAUGAAGAAGGUUACUACUAGGCCCGAAGCACCCGAGCAGAAGAAGAAAAAGAAGAUCAAAUUCACCAUCCCCACCCCGCGAAUGGACACGAAUCAGAACCAGAACCAGCCACCACAAGCCAUCAGAAAAUGUAUGCACUGCGAGAUAACGAAAACGCCUCAAUGGAGGGCCGGUCCAAUGGGGCCAAAAACCCUUUGCAAUGCCUGUGGCGUUCGCUACAAGUCGGGCAGGCUCUUCCCAGAAUACCGCCCCGCUGCUAGUCCUACCUUCAUCCCGUCUCUGCACUCCAACUCUCACAAGAAGGUUAUCGAGAUGAGAAGCAAGACCGGUGUCGAGAACACUCCAAUAACCGAGACACCAUCCACUCCCCAGCCAGCGUUCAACCCGAGCAACAACCCUUCGGUGGAAUUCUAGCGAGAAUACACUAAAAACCCGAAAAGUGCAGAGAAUGGUUUUCAUAGUCAAAAGCUUUCUCUCUGCAUUCCUCAAUCCACAGUUUCAGCAGAGUUAAUGUUAUUUGGUUAAGGUUUUUUUUUUUCAAACUUUGGUGUCUUUGUUAUUUGGUUCUUUGUACAAAUUUGUAAUUGGAGGGAGGGGUUGGAAAGAAGCAAUAGAUCCAUAAUAUUUUAGGUUGUAGGGAAAGAAAAGGAAUGAAAUGUGAGUUUAGGGAUAGGAGUUAAAAAAGUAGUAGAGUUUGUAGUGUUGGUAAGUUUCUUGAAAGGGUCUGUUGUAUGUUUUUUCAUAGACUUGUUCUGUCCCAUGGUUUGUGGGAAUUCAUUUUGCAGUUCAUUUGUGGUUAGGAAAUUAUGAAUGAUUAAGGUCUGCAUUUUAUUUCAAA